CCACCGCCCUGGCCGGCGGCAGCCGGUUUCUGGCAGCGGAGCGCCGCCCGGGAGGGGGGGAAAAACACAUCGCCAAGCCAGGCGCGGAAGGGCAGAGCGGAGUCCGGUGCCGCGGGGCCAGAAGGAAGCCCAAGAGCUCAGCAACGGAGGCAUCCCCCUCCCCACGCUCGCCAGAAACCCCCGCAGCCCUCUAACCCAGCCCGAUCCGGGGUUGGGGUGGGGAUUAUUUGCACCCAGAACCAGUUCGGCGGAGCUGCCUUUGCCCAAACCUCAGCCGCCUCCUGGCCGGCGAUCGCGGGAUAAAUCGGAGGAGCCGGGAAGGCGGGUGCGGGGAGAGCGCUCUCCGCGGGGAAAACUUGAGCCAACUUAAAUCCGGAGGAUCCCCCGCGGUUGGGUCUUUUUCGCACGUGGGAACGGGGGGUGCGUGCGAGUCAGAGAACUCUGCCGCUGCUACAGCUUGCGAUCCACCCAAACGGACUCCGGUGCCCCGAACAAGAGAUUAUUAAUUAAUUUUUUUAAAGCAAUUUUGGCGUGGGAACGGACUGCGAGCUCCAAACCGGGACCUUUGGUUUGGAUUCUGGAAGAAAGGGGGGGGGAAAAACAAAAAAACAAAACAAAAAACCCACCGACCCAAUUUUGGAUGCUGGAAUUGCUUCGCAGCCUGCAAAAAAACUCUUUUUGAGACGUUCUUUGAGGCUUUCCAACCGGAGUAAGGAGAAAUUGUCUGGGUUUGGGAGAAGAAGAGCCCCUCAGAGCUUGCCUAGACUGACCCUCCCCCCCCCCAGCUUUGGACUGAGGAUCGAGCCCUGCGCUUCCCCACCAACUCCAAUCCUCGGAAAGCGUUCCAGCCGAAUCCAGAAUUCCUGUGGAUUGCCUGCCUUAAGAAAAAGGAUGGAGGACGGUGCCCGUCGGCGAGGUGGCCCCGAAAAGUCCCCCGAAAAAACGGAAGAAGGCGGCGGAGUGGCGCUCAAGAAGGAAAUUGGCUUGCUGAGCGCCUGUGGCAUUAUUGUGGGUAACAUCAUCGGAUCCGGAAUUUUUGUAUCGCCAAAGGGUGUGUUGGAAAACGCGGGCUCCGUAGGGCUGGCCUUGAUCGUGUGGAUCGUCACGGGCCUCAUCACCGCCGUGGGGGCCCUGUGCUACGCGGAACUGGGGGUCACCAUCCCCAAAUCCGGAGGGGACUAUUCCUACGUCAAGGACAUCUUCGGAGGAUUGGCUGGGUUCCUCCGACUGUGGAUUGCGGUGCUGGUGAUCUACCCCACGAAUCAGGCGGUGAUCGCGCUGACUUUUGCCAAUUAUGUCCUCCAACCCAUCUUCCCGACCUGCCUGCCUCCCGAAACCGGGUUGCGUCUCCUCGCAGGGGUCUGCCUUUUGCUACUGACAUGGGUGAAUUGUGCCAGCGUGCGCUGGGCAACCCGUGUCCAGGAUAUCUUCACCGCUGGGAAGCUGCUGGCUCUGGCCUUGAUCAUUAUCAUGGGAAUUGUGCAAAUUUGCAAAGGAGAGUACUUUUGGCUGGAACCCAAAAAUGCCUUCGAGUUCUUUCAAACUCCAAAUGUGGGACUGGUCGCUCUGGCCUUCUUACAAGGAUCGUUUGCUUACGGAGGCUGGAACUUCCUCAACUACGUCACCGAAGAGUUGGUGGACCCAUACAAGAACCUGCCUCGAGCCAUUUUUAUCUCUAUUCCCCUGGUGACCUUUGUCUACGUCUUCGCCAACGUGGCCUAUGUCACGGCCAUGUCCCCCCAGGAGCUUCUGGCCUCCAACGCUGUGGCGGUGACAUUUGGGGAGAAACUCUUAGGGGUGAUGGCUUGGAUCAUGCCUAUCUCUGUGGCCCUCUCCACCUUUGGAGGCGUCAACGGCUCCCUGUUUACUUCCUCCAGGCUGUUUUUCGCUGGCGCCCGCGAAGGGCAUCUCCCCAGCGUCUUGGCAAUGAUCCACAUCCGAAGGUGCACUCCGAUACCUGCCCUACUUUUCACCUGCCUGUCAACCUUGCUUAUGCUGGUCACAAGUGACAUAUAUACGCUGAUCAACUACGUCGGUUUUAUCAACUACCUCUUCUACGGAGUGACAGUGGCUGGGCAGGUCGUCCUCCGCUGGCGCGAACCCAAUCGACCUCGUCCAAUCAAGGUGAGCCUGUUCUUCCCGAUCAUCUAUCUGCUCUUCUGGGCCUUUCUCUUGGUCUUCAGCUUGUGGUCGGAACCGUUGGUUUGUGGCAUCGGCUUGGCCAUCAUGUUGACAGGGGUGCCCGUCUACUUCCUGGGCGUCCACUGGGAGAACAAGCCCCCGUUCUUCAACACCUUGGUCGACGGAAUCACUCGGGUGGGGCAGAAGCUCUGCGUGGUCGUGUACCCCAAGAUGGAUGCCGGGGAAGUAGAGAACGACCUCAGCAAAGAGACCAAAGAACAGCUGGAACCCAUGUGCGGCACAGAGAAGCUCGGCACGCCCCAGAAUUGAGCCAACGGAAGGAAAUAUAUAGCCAAACACGGACUGCGCUGGGUUUUUAGCCGCUAGAUAUGGUUCCAUCUGCUCCCGUUGGCCGGAGCUGGACCUACUGGGGGAAGACACCCCCCCCACUCGCCCACAAUACACACACUCCUUAUCCCAGCUUCUUGCAGGGACUGGGGUCCACACAGACACCCCACACACACACACACACACACACUCCCCUGCCUGCAGUGCCUCCCGAUGGGGCGGAGAAGGAUGGGGCAACCCCUUAAGAGCUGGCGCCUCCAUUCCUGCCUCUCUCAUCCCACACUUUGGAAAAGCAUCGUUUGUUGCUGCCAUAUAUAUAUAUAUAUAUA